AGUGUCUCGGCAGUGUCCCCACCAUGGGCAACAAGCAGACGGUCUUCACUCAUGAGCAGCUGGAAGCAUAUCAGGACUGCACCUUCUUCACAAGAAAGGAAAUCAUGAGGCUCUUCUAUCGCUAUCAGGACCUGGCUCCCCAACUGGUCCCCCUCAACUAUACCAGCCGCCCUGACGUGAAGGUGCCCUACGAGCUCAUCGGCAGCAUGCCCGAGCUGAAGGACAACCCAUUCCGCCAGAGAAUUGCCCAGGUGUUCUCUGACGAUGGGGACGGCCACAUGACCUUGGACAACUUCCUGGACAUGUUUUCUGUGAUGAGCGAAAUGGCUCCCCGCGAUCUCAAAGCCUACUACGCUUUCAAAAUUUAUGACUUUAACGACGAUGGCUACAUCUGUGCGUGGGACCUGGAGCAGACGGUGACUAGGCUGACGCGGGGGGAGCUGAGUGCUGAGGAGGUGAGCCUGGUGUGUGAGAAGGUGCUGGAUGAGGCUGAUGGGGACCACGACGGGCGGCUCUCCCUGGAGGACUUCCAGAACAUGAUCCUGCGAGCACCCGACUUCCUCAGCACCUUCCACAUCCGCAUCUGAGGGAGCCAUGGAGAAGCUGGGUCAGAGGAGCAGAGGAG